ACCCACCAAUGUUCCUUUUGUCGCUUUUCUCAGUUUCUGCGUGUUCGAAUUAGGUUAGGGUUUCCGAGACACUUGCAUCGCAAAAUCGUGUAAUCCCUCUGCAAUCUAACCAAAUCAGCCACCUCAGUGUACCAAUGGCGGCCGCCGUUACAGCUCCCGCCACCGCCCAACCGGUCUCCUCGAAGACGGAGAGUUACGUCGACAACAAGCGGCGUGAUGACAUCCGGCAGGCCAACAUCCUCGCGGCAAGCGCUGUGGCUGACGCCGUGCGCACUAGCCUAGGCCCAAAGGGCAUGGACAAGAUGAUCUCCUCAGCCAACGGCGAGGUUAUCAUUACCAAUGACGGUGCCACCAUUCUUAACAAGAUGGAAGUUCUCCAGCCCGCCGCCAAAAUGCUAGUCGACCUAUCUCGCUCCCAGGACGCCGCGGCUGGCGACGGCACCACUACUGUAGUCGUUCUUGCUGGUUCUCUUCUCCGUCGUUCUCUCUCCCUUCUCUCUGCGGGCAUACACCCCACCGUCAUUUCUGACUCCCUUUACAAGCUUUCUGUUCAUGCUGUUGACAUCCUCCACUCCAUGGCUAUUCCCCUUGAGCUUUCCGAUCGCGAUUCCCUUGUCAAGUCUGCCGCUACCUCGUUAAAUAGCAAGGUUGUUAGCCAGUACUCCUCCCUUCUUGCCCCUCUUGCUGUUGACGCUGUCCUCUCCGUUGUUGAUUCUGAACAUCCCGACCUCGUCGACCUUCGUGACAUUAAGAUCGUUAAGAAGCUAGGCGGCACUGUUGACGACACUGAGCUCAUCCGCGGCCUUGUAUUUGAUAAGAAGGUAAGCCACACGGCCGGCGGCCCUACUCGCGUUGAGAAUGCCAAGAUCGCAGUCAUUCAGUUUCAGAUUUCCCCCCCAAAAACGGAUAUCGAGCAGAGCAUUAUUGUCUCGGAUUACACCCAGAUGGAUCGGAUCCUUCGAGAAGAGCGCAACUAUAUUCUAGGAAUUGUAAAGAAAAUUAAAGCCACGGGGUGCAAUGCGCUUCUUAUCCAGAAGAGUAUCCUUAGAGAUGCCGUCACUGAUCUUUCACUGCAUUAUCUUGCCAAGGCCAAGAUUUUGGUGGUAAAGGAUGUAGAGAGGGAUGAAAUUGAGUUCAUCACAAAGACUCUCAACUGUCUCCCGAUUGCUAACAUUGAGCAUUUUCGUGAGGAGAAGCUCGGUCAUGCUGACCUAGUGGAAGAGGUUUUGAUUGGUGAUGGAAGUAAGAUUGUGAAGAUUACAGGCAUCAAAGACAUGGGGAGGACUACUACUGUGCUUGUGCGGGGUUCGAACCAGUUGAUGAUCGAUGAGGCAGAAAGGAGUCUUCACGACGCACUUUGUGUGGUCAGGUGCUUGGUUAACAAGAAAUACUUGAUCGCUGGUGGCGGCGCUCCAGAAAUUGACAUGUCACUUCGACUGGCUGCGUGGGCGAAGGAGCUCAGAGGAAUGGAGAGCUACUGCAUUAAGGAGUUUGCUGAAGCUCUUGAGAUCGUCCCCUACACAUUAGCUGAGAAUGCUGGGCUCAACCCCAUUUUUAUUGUGACCGAGCUGCGGAACCGACAUGCCAAAGGUGAAACCAAUGCCGGCAUAAAUGUGAGGAAGGGCCAAAUCACAAAUAUUCUCGAGGAAAAUGUGGUUCAGCCACUUCUGGUCAGCACCAGUGCUGUAACUCUUGCGAUUGAAUGUGUGAGGAUGAUUCUAAAGAUUGAUGAUAUAGUUACUGUCAGGUAGAUUGAAUUGUUGUGUUCUAGUUUCAUGGCUGGUUGUAGUGAGGAGGAAUCUUAUGUUAUUGUGUUUUUUUUGGUGAGACCUGCAGGUUGGGGGUGAACUGUGUUUCAAUCAACUUUGUGUUCUUAACUUUUUUUGUUUUGUUUCUGGAUUGAAAA